CCACUCUGACAGUCGCAGAGGAUUCUCCAUCAGCUGCUCCACCGCCGCCACCUCAAACUCGACAGAAACAGCGUCUUAUCAUUACAUUGGUCCCGCUCACCAUCAGAUAUGGAAGCGGCGUCUCCCUCCUCCAGUCAGUGCAGUUACACUUACGACCAGUAUAAGGAGACAGCAGACUGGCUGCUUGCCCACACAGAGCAGCGCCCUAAAGUCGCCAUCAUCUGUGGUUCGGGCCUCGGCAGUCUGGCUGACCUGCUGGAGGACAAGGCCGUGUUCCAGUAUGAGGAGAUUCCACGUUUUCCCAUCAGCACUGUGCAAGGGCACGCCGGUAAGCUGGUGUUCGGGAAGCUGCAUGGCCGCGAGUGUGUCUGCAUGCAGGGGAGGUUCCACUUCUACGAGGGUUACAACAUACACACGGUGACAUACCCGGUGCGAGUCUUCUUCCUGCUGGGCGUGGAAACUCUGAUUGUGACAAACGCAGCGGGAGGACUCAAUGGCAGCUACGAUGUGGGAGACAUCAUGCUCAUUAAGGAUCACAUCAACAUGCCAGGUUUUGCAGGGCAGAACCCGCUGUGUGGGCACAACGACGACAGGUUUGGAGUGCGCUUCCCUUGCAUGUCAGAUGCGUAUGAUCGAGAUUUGAGGGUUCUGGCCAAGCAAACAGCAGAGGAGCAGGGCUGCGACAGCUUCCUGCAGGAAGGAGUUUACUGCAUGCUGGCUGGGCCGACAUAUGAGACCAUUGCAGAGUGCAAAGUCCUGAAGACGCUGGGGGCUGACGCUGUGGGUAUGAGUACGGUGCCAGAGGUGGUGGUGGCUCGUCACUGUGGCUUGCGCGUCUUGGGUCUGUCCCUCAUCACCAACAAGGUUGUGACAGAUUAUGACAGCAAGGAGAAGGCAAACCACACGGAAGUGCUGAAAACCACCGAGCGCCGAACCCAGGACCUCCAGAAGCUCGUCAGCAACCUCAUCGCCAAGCUCUAGCAACUUCAUCUGAAAUCUGCUGUCAAAAAAUGUAUUCAUUGGUGACAAGUCCUAGCUGGGAGCAAAAGGCAAAACAUAUGUGCAGGUGGGGGGGCUGGUUAAGUCGGAGUAGAUAGAUUAUUAUACAUUUGGGUAUUGUAUCGGCUCAUGUCGUUUACUCGGGGUAUGAGUGAGAUUUUUUAGAGGUAAAGGGCAGAGUAAAGAAAAAACAAUGAGAGACUUGUAAUAGCUCAAAUUGUCGACAGCAUUUGAUGACCGCAAGACUUACACGCCAGGAAGUUUUAGCCUGGAUCCAGUCCUCAUUAUAUAUAUUUUAGACUGCUUGCUAAAUUCGUUCUUAGGAGGUGUAAUCAUAUCUAUAAGUGAAAAAGCAACAACUAGCCAGUUAACCAUUUAUCUAAAAGGCUUAACAGACGACAAGAUUGACUGUAUUUGCUUUGAUUUUGACAGUUUUUGCCUGAGCACUGAAACCCUCUUGGGCACGAAAUGAUAAAUAGCAGGGGAUUGCCAGACCACUUGAAAAGUAAUUUAACUUCGAGCGGAAACGCACUGUAGCGUUUAACUGCCCUCUGUGGCAGGCAUCGCGAAACACUGUGAUUAGAAAUAAAGAAAUAUACAUAUGGCUCAGUAAAUAAAUAGAAUUAAAUUCUCCAAAAAAAUUAGAAAUAAAUGUAGGCACUUAUUAAUUUGUAAAAAAGUGAAAAAAAUAAUCCAAAAGAACACAUACAUAUCUAUUUAUGUCACACUGGAUAAAUUAAGUGUUAUUUUUUCAGUGUUAUUUUUGGUGCCUUUAAUGGUGUAUUCAUUUAGUUAUUGUGCCAUUUAUAUGUUUAUUUAUUUUAUAAACUAGUUUGGCAGGUUCAAGCCUCCAUAAUUGGGUCAGAAGUCUACACAUGUAGCCACACCCAGCAGUGAUGUCACAGUGCACUGACACACUGCAGCAAAGUGACCAGUUGAAUCAUUGAAGGAAAGCAAAAACAUUAUUUUUAAGAGGUUUUGUAAGUUGCUUUUUUAACAGUAAGUGGUGUACACAAACCAUUAGAUCUGGAAAUUAUGGAAAAGCUGAUUUAUUUUUCAAAAUUAAAAAAUAAUGGGUGUCUCCUAUAUUGUUGUGUGUUUGAAUCCAAACACAGAAUUUUAUGCUGGCUAAGAUCAUGACUUAUGAUAGCAGUAUAGCUUAACAACCAUGUUCUCGUAUUUCCGAGGUAGAUCAAUAAAUGUAAAAGGAAUACGGCGGUGGCUGUAGUACAACCCCUGCUGAUAUGUACUUCUAUCCUGCAUUAGUGCUGCAGGGUUGUUUACAUUUUCCCUUUGCUACCUGUUAGGGCAUUAAAAACACUGGGACCUUUCCGACGGACGAGCCUGUGUAAUUGAAUGAAAAGAGAACAAUUUUAUGGUCAGUUUAUGGUACUGACUACUGAUGGACACGUGAAACCUUCAGAUAUAUUGAUAUUUUUGUGUCAUGGUUAGGAGCAUCCUGUUGUUGCUGACGGAGACUCAGCAAAACAGUCUUACCUCAUCUUGAGAUGAUUGUCUACCACUAACAGUGCACUGUGUAGUUUUUGGGAAGAAAUUUUAAUCAGAAGAGAAAACUCUAUGUUGGUUCAUGACUGAGUAAACUAACUGACCUCAAAGAACAACGCAGUUUCAUACUGUUUUACUAGACCCGCCACCUUUCUAGCUUCAAACAGUAUUCUUAGGACCUAACUUUCAAAUUUAUCCUGAUAUUUUAUUGAAACAAUAGAUAUUUCUUUUCUUCGUUUUACUACCUUGUCAAUAUUAUAACUAUUACCAUUAUGGGUUUCUGAAUGUCUUUUCCAAAAGUACAUUGUGCACCUUUAAGAUUUAAAUGCUGUUUCUGACAAUCUGUAAAUUAGAGUGAUACCCGCCUUUAUUUAUAUGCACCAUGGCUACAUAAAUACAUAUGUCUUAUUUGCCUUUACCAAGGGCAAUGUACACAACCACCACCUAUGAAUAUAUCAUCUGCUAGUCUAAGAUGUAUUCAGAGGUCACUGUGCACUUAGGCAUUGACCUUGACAUGUUGGUGCAACACAAGAGAGAACAGCUCGCUAUCUGUCCAGCAGAGAAUUAGUAGUUAAUCUACCUAAAUAUAGUUUCUCAUCAGAGAGAAUAAAUAAUAAUUCUUGUGAUUAAACAGGAUCAGUUGGACCGUCUGGCACAUAAUUUUCGUAUUUUGUCAUCAUUGUUAUUAUAGAUGUACAAGAAAUAUAUGGAAAAGUUAUAUUGCUUUAAACAUCUGAUUGGAAUCGAUUUUUUGCAAAGUAGACAAAUCACUUAUUUUAACUAUCAAAUUAUCUAUUUUUUAACUAAAGGUUGUGACAAAUGAAUAGAUGCAUCUCCACUGAAAAAAGGAAACAGCUUCCAAAAGAAAAAAUACAUUUAUAUAUAGAAAACUAGAAAAUCAUGAUCAGAGCACAAUAUAAUCUGAAAGAAAUACCAAGAGCCAAAGGUUAAUCCAGUCAAGCAGUAGUGAUGUAUGAAGGUUUUUCUGCAGUGGAUUGCAUUUGGAUCAGUUUUAUUUGUACACCAAGAGAGACCACAGCACUGUAAUAUCAGGCAGGGCUAUAAUAAUGAAAACUGGGCCUGCAGUUUUCAAUCUUCCCUGCACUGGUUUGGAACCUCCUGCCAGGUUCCCUCGACCGCCUCAUUCAUUAGAGCUGGAAAUCCUAGAUCAGCAGUCCACAUCUCGGGCCAUCAGGCUCGACAUCAAGAUGCUAAUGGAAAUCUUAAAGGGGAAUUCCACUCUGACUGAAGCAUCCUUGUAAAAUGUAAAAUCUGCAGCUUCUCCAUACACAAUAAACUUUACAUAAAAUUAAUUCAUAUUUAAAAGCACUACCAUGCUUGCAAUUUGCCGGUGUGACCACAAGUCAAAUUAAGUCUUCUGUUGUCUGGUUUGUCUUCCAUGUGCAUGUGUUCAUUGAAGUGAUAAACAAAUACUGUAUGCUCACUUUAAUCAAAAGUACUGUAUCCAGCACUCAGGUCAGAAUCUAACUCUCUUAAGCAAAACCUACUAUGUCUUUACUGAUUUAAAGCAGUUUAUUUUUAUGCAAAUAUUGCUGCUGUCAAAUAAAAACUUGCAGAUGACA